UAUCCAUCCACUAGUGUUGGAAACUUUACAUUAUCAAACACAAUAUCAGUUGUUGUAUCAUAAAACCAUUGUCGGUCCAGAUACACAACAUAACCACCACAAAUCACAAAUCUUCUCCCUCCAUUUUUUCACUUUUCUUCCUUACCCUAUAAAUAUCACCUCUUUCAACAACCACACGCUACCAAUUCAACAACACCCACUUCCCCUCAUGGGUUCUAUUGGAAUCAAAAGCUCGGGAUCCGAGGUUGUCACCAUUGAUGUUCAUGCAACCAAGGGUUUGAUCCAGACCGGUCAUGUUUAUCUCGAUGUCAGGACGGUGGAAGAGUUUCAGAAAGGGCAUGUGGAUGCUGAGAAGAUCAUUAACAUUCCGUACAUGUUUAAUACACCAGAAGGUAGGGUGAAGAACCAGGAGUUUCUGAAGGAGGUUUUAUCAGCGUGCAAGAAAGAAGAUCGCAUCAUCGUGGGUUGUCAAAGUGGAGUGCGAUCUGUGUAUGCAACUAGUGAUCUUCUGACAGAAGGUUUUAAGGAUGUGACCAACAUGGGAGGAGGAUAUCUUGAUUGGGUUAAAAAUCAAUUUCCAGUGAAAACACCUUCGGAUUUGGUUAAAGAUGAAGUUCCAAAGAAAGUACCUUUGGAUUUGGUUAAAAACGAAUUGCCAUUAAAAACACCAUAAUUAAACUAAAUUAAAAAAAAAAAAGAGGCCUUUCAUGAGUUACACGAACAUUGAUCAUUCUGAAUGGUUCGCAAUACAAGGAUAUGUAUUAUUAGUAUUACCUUAUCUUUGUUAAUCACUACUUUAAGCUUGUUCAGUAAGAAGACAAAUAAGGAAACCAAUGUAUUGUAUCCAUGAAGUGAUAACAUUGAUCAAAAUAUUGUUUAUUUACUUCUUUCAUUUUAUCUGAUUA